CCUGGAACCCCCCCCACUAGCCAAACCAAAGCCAUGCCCCUCCCCAAAGUAGCCUUCGAAGAAUGCAUGGAAGAGCACCACGGGAUCAUCCUCUCGCACCGGCUGCACACCCGCAACGACAACUACUCCGUGCACGUCAAGCUCCCCGACUGCAACGAUGUGUUUAUCUACACCAACAUAUCACGACAGCGGCUGCAGCCGUUCAUGAGCGAGCCGGUCAGUAUGGUGCCCCGGGAGCCGGAACGCCCGAGUCAUCAUGCGAGUAAGAAGAAGGAGGGUGAGGAGAGCGGCGGGAAGAGGAAACGCACUAGGAGGGCGGCGACGAACACGGAGGGGAAGGAGAAGCCGGCCAAGAGGGGGAAGACUACGACUGCGACGGCAUCGUCCAGUGUCUCCGCCGCCGCCCCAUCGGCACUCCCACCCGCCGCAGAAGUCCACGCCCCAGCCCCGACAACGAACCUAUUUCUACCACUCCCACCUACCCUCGCCUCGGACACAUCCGCCACCGCGCCAACUUACGGCACGGACUUUGAAUCAGCGAUCCGGAACGGCGCCCGGAUCAUCCACGUCAAGGAAUGCGUCACCUACGGCGUCUACAUCCGCUUCCCGCCCCCCGCGGUGGGUGUGCAGGGCCGCGUCGUGCAUUGUUGGAAUAUCUCCCAGGACCGCCUCGACGCAUCCCGCGCCUCCAUCCGUCUCUCCCCCACCUUCACGCCGCCCUCGCCGCCCAAAUCCCACGCUCCAACCACACACCGACCGCCCAACCCGGCGUUGGAGGACUGCAUCGCGGCUGGGGGCACCAUCGUGGGACUCACCCCGCACGUGUUCUACUCCGUGCAGGUGAGGUGGCCCGGGGGGCGCGUCGAGGGGUUCAGUCGGGUGGCGGUGGAUAAGUAUGUGAGAUACGCACAUAUGCGCGCCGGACAACCCUCCGCCGGCAUCACAACCAACGCGGGGUCCCUCCCCAUCUUUGCCAACGUCCCGCGGAUCGUGCCGUUGAUCCCGCAGGCAGGGACGGCGACGCCGGUGGCGUUCCCGCAGCUGCGGGGCGGGCAGGCCGGGUCGUUGGCGCAGACGAGGGUGUUGCCGAACCCCGUGGGUCAGCUGGUGGGGUUUCCGUUGUCGUCGAGGGGGGUGGGUGUGCAGGGACAGGGCCAGCGGACGCUGGUGGGGCCGCAUGUGUCGGUUUCGCUAUUGCCCGGGGGUUAUCAGAUGCAGCAGCCGCAGCAGCAGACUGUGGGAGUGAGCAGUCCGUUAGGACGAUGGGGAGGGCAGGACCCGUUUAGGAUCGGUGGGGGUGGUGGUGGUUUGAACUCGAAUGUUCCGGUUCAGCAGCAACAACACUCCAACCCUGUGUCGAAUCAACUGGGCUUUACAUCGACCUCCGGGCCGAUGGGCGAUUAUACCCGGCGAGACGGUGGUGGGAUACCCAGCAUGCAGACCAUGCACAACAUGCAAAGCGAGCCGGCGGCGGGGAGGUUACCCUGGCCGGUCCCGUAUGCUGGGGUAUACCGGGGCGGUGAGACGUCCGAUGGCGGUGGCGGUGGUGGGGCGUGGCGACCGGGUACGGCUGGGAUGCGACCGGAUGUGAGAGUUGCCAAGCGGGAGUAUGAGUAUGAGUAUGAGCAUGGCCAGGCUGGGUUUGGGGAGUACGACACACCUGAGAGGAAGAUACCGAGCGGCGGGGCUUACUUUCCCACUACACCGACGGAAUACCUUACGCCCAUCUUUACGCAUUCCCAACAACAACAACAGCAACAGUCGUCGACUGUCUACAGCCAAACGCCGCCGGCGAGUUUCUUCAAAACCGAGCAUGGGGAUUCGUCCCCUUCGUACGCCUCCCAGACAACGCAUUCCUCGCCCAUGUACAGUGACCUCACGCCAAAGCAGUACCUGAAUCCAUCGCAGCAGCCCAGUUACGAGACGUAUUCACCCACCCCGCCAGCGCGGCAUCUGAACCCCACGCCACAGCGGGCGUAUUCGCCGACACCUGUGGGGCCGUCGGGCGCGGGCGGGACGGCGACCACGGGCAUCAAUCCCAUUGCGCCGUUCGCGUCGAGGCCAGCCACGCCCGGUGGGAGUGUGCAGACCCGGUUUAGCGUCGCGGUGCCCGUGUUUGAUGGGCGGGAGGUGGGUGGUGGGGAGCACGCGUACGCGUCGGGACACGACACGCACCAUGUUGGGGCGUAUACGUUUCCUGCAUGGUCGGCGCUGAGGGACGGUGAUGGCGGCGACGGGGUGUACGGCUUCCCCAACUCGGCAGUCCGAGGUGAGCGGGAGGGCGAUGAGGAAGACGCGGGAGGUGGAGAGGGUGAGAGGGGCAGGCCAGUGAGUCAACGAAGCGGGACGCCGACGCCGGGGGCGGCGUAUGAGUAUUCGCAGGAGAUUCAUGACCACCAUCAUCAACAUCAACAUCAGCAUCAACGCGCUGACUCGCAACCGUACUCGCAGUUGCAGUCGCAAUCGCAAUCGCAACCGUAUCACCCUUUUUCGGAGUAUUCGCAGCAAUCACACUCGCAUCAUUCACACUCACAAGACAUCCCCGGCUGCGGCGGCGUCGGCGGGGGCGGAGGCGGCGGCUCGUCCUCCCUCUGUUCAUCGCAGAACGGUGAGAGUAAGGAAAGUCAGCGUAUCCGCGACCGUGACGUGGAGGGGGGUGUGGAUGCGUGGAUGAGUGGGGUGAGGUCGUUGAAUGAGGUGGAUGAACGGAUUGACGAGGGAGAUGGGAGACCGGGAGGAAAUCAGUGGGGCGAUGCCAUGGGAGGUGGUGGUGGUGGUGGUGGUGGUGGGAUGACUGAGGAGGAUUUGGUGAGGGACUGGCGGAUAAGAAGACAGGGAUAAAGUGUGGGCAGGUACGUUGGACUUUUUUUUUCACAGUUGUGUUAUACACGCGAAAGGAAGGAGAAGGACUUUCCGAUCUUGAAUUUGCAGGCCUUUGGAAACACCCGACAAUGCGGACAUACCGCAGCCACACGUGGAAUAGCUGAGAAGGGAAGGGCAUCGAGCUCUGUGCCGAGUAGGUUGGGCCGUUUACACUGUCUCUCCGAGCACCGCUGGUUGUACAGGGCCGGCAUCAAACCCCCCACUCCCAUUCCUAUUCCCUUUUUCCGCAAAAUACUCCCAUUCCUAUUCUGGUUUUUCUGCAUAGAGUAUGUUUGGGUUAUUUGCUGUUGAAAUUAUCAUAGUCUUUUGUACGAAAUCGUCUUUUUCGA